AGCCAUCGAGCUUGAAGACCAGGGCACCCCCCCGGACGCGGCAGCAUUUCGGGCACGUUCCCGGGGUGGUCCGCGCGGAACCCGGGUGGCGGCGGUGGGGCGUUCCGUGUCCCUCAUGGCGUUCUCUCUAAAGAUGGCCCUCAAAGGGGUUCAGGAGGCGGCCUCUCUGUCGGAGCACGCCUUGCGUUGCACCAUUGCCGCCUUGGACCACAGCGACGCCAAAGCGGAAGACAUCGAGGAAUGCCUUCUGAAGUUCAACCGCUUGCUCAGCAGCCCUCCCAGCACGAAGGUGGUGGAAAUGGUGUCCUCCUCCAACUUCCCCAGCAGCAUCGUGCGGGUGAUCCGACGCCAUCAGGAGAACCUCCCCAUCGUCGCGCUGGCAUGCCAGUGCAUCGCUGGCUCCGCGACCACGUCCGACUCCGUUACCAGCUUCGCACGCGCAGGCGUGCUCGAUGAGGUUUUGAAUGUCAUGGACAGCCACAAAUCGCAUGGAGGUGUGCAAAACGUGGCCCUCUUCUUGCUGCGCACCCUCCUGAAGGACAGCGGUGCGGCACGCCAGGCGGUGCAAAACGGCGCCAUUGCGCGCGUCCUCCAUGCGCUGAAUCUCUCCAUGGGCCGUGAAAUCCAGUAUGGUGGACUGGUGUCGUUGCGCCAGAUGAUGGACGCUUCACGUCAGAAUCGAUACUUUUGGCAAGAGAGCCUGAAGACCCAGCGGACUUCGAUCCAAGAAGCCGGCCUUCAAGCCAAGGUGCAUCAUCAGUCCGACGGGGCGCUGUGCCAGGCGGCAGAUGAUACGUUGGCCUUCGUGAUCCCUCGCUUCAAGGAGGUGCCAUGUUGGCACUGGCAGUCUGGCUGGUGUAAGAUGGGACCCAAAUGCACCUACGCCCACGGCAGCGAAGAUUUGCGCGGCGGCACACGCGAGCGCUACGGCAAGGGCGGCUACCGCGGUGGGGCUGCGCGAGCACAGGAGUGAGGGACCCUUCUUGCGUUGGACGCGGCCCGUGGCAGGAAGUGACCACCGCUUUGGCAGCGGGCCGAAGGCCGUCGCCGGAACACCCCAUUCCGAGGUCCGCGUCCGCUCCUCGCGCGCCGCGACCGGGGUGUUCCGGUCCCGUGUCCCGCAUGGUUUGCAUGUAAAGUUUUGGCCGAUGACAGCGACUGACUGCUCGCUCGCAAAGUUUG